AUGGCUGCUUCCAUCAUAAAAACGCCUUCCACGUUGCAAAUCAGUUUAUCAGAUCCACAAAAUAGUAACACAGCAGCGACAGCGGUACAUCACUGGACUAGAGCUGAAAAAAGAGCAUGGACAAUAGCCCUGUUUACAGGCACUGCUAUUACAUAUGCAGCUAGAAAUGCUAUUCCUUUAUGUGCUGUAGCAUUAUCAAAAGAAUUCUCAUGGAAUAAAACAGAAACAGGUUUAAUUUUAUCUUCAUUUUUCUGGGGUUAUGCACUGACGCAGAUAUUAUCUGGAUACAUUAGUGAUAGAUAUGGCGGUGAUUACAUAGUGACUUUAGCUGCAAUGUGUUGGGGAGCUCUUACUUUAUUAACACCUUAUUUGGCAUACAUGUAUGAAGACAAAUCAUCACAGUUAAAAUGUUUAGUUUUUCUUCGAGUUAUUUACGGUGCAUUACAAGCUUUUCAUUAUCCGUCCAUGACAAGUCUAAUGGGAAGAAAAGUUGACAAAUCUUGUAAAUCCUAUGUAUAUACAACAGUUAUAUCCGGGACUUAUGCUGGUAAUUUAUUAUCAGGAAGUCUUGGUUCUAUUGUCUUAUCUUAUUAUGACUGGCAUAGAGUAUUCUAUAUAUUUGGAACGUGUGCAAUAUUAUGGGCGUUGAUGGUCAGAAUUUAUUUAAUGAAACAAAGAUUAAAUAUUAGAUUAUUUUAUAAUGGAAUUAUAAAAACACCUGAAGAUGUUCUCAACCAUUCAGAUACAUUAUCACCUUCUAGUGUACCAUGGAGAGCUUUAGCAAGGCAUCCUGGCUUCUGGGCAAUGGUGCUUGGACAUUUCUGUUUAAAUUAUACAUUUUUUCUCUUAUUUUCUUGGCUACCUACAUAUUUUACUGAAAAAUACCCAGAGGAAAAAGGCUGGGUUUUUAACGUGGUCCCUUGGAUAGUAUCUAUCCCAUCAUCCAUUGCAACAGGAUAUGUUGCAGAUAGUCUUGUCUCUUUUGGCUACACAGUCACAACAGCAAGAAAAUGCAUUCAUACGAUUGCAUCACUUGGAAUAAUUGUUUGUCUUAUUCUGAUUGGACAAUCUGAAUAUUACAAUGCAUCAUUGACAUUUGCAGCUACCGCUCUAGUCUUCCAGUCGUUUAGUAACGCCGGUGUUCUUACAAAUCCACAAGAUAUUGCACCUCAGUGGGCAGGUUCAGUAUUUGGAGUCAUGAAUACAGCUGGAGCAAUGCCUGGUUUUAUUGGUGUCUACAUCACUGGUCAUAUAUUGGAAUAUACACAGAGUUGGGCAACAGUGUUUGGUUCAGCGUCUUGUGUGGUUGCUACUGGCUGGGUCAUAUUCAUGCUAUUUGGUACUGGAAGUAGAAUCAUUUAA